ACGAUCCUCUUCCGCUUGGUCGGCCAUUUUGGAGCAACGAGCUUGUUGUUUUGUGUGCAUUCGCCAUUAUUAGCUGCUCCUCGCCUUAAAAACAACCGACUGAACGCACAGAACGCGAAGGGGGACAAAAAAACGUUGGACGACAACGCCGUCAAGUGAAAUAUGGGCCCGCCGCCGGGAGACAGAUCACGCCGCUCGUCGACUGAAAGAACGGGGGACUCCAGCUGGAUUGUCGAUUUAUCUUGACAUGGCAUGCGGCAGGGCGAGCUUGUGACGACGGAGGAAAAAGAUCAGAGAAACUUCCAGAAGUUGAAGGAAAAGCUAAAAGGGGCAUUUUUUGUUUCGCUUUGUCGAGUUGGCUGUUGUUAACGAGGCGGUUAAUUGUUCCCAGCAGGUUGUUGUCGACGACGCUAGCUAAAAUGUUGAGCUCUGGCGCGGCUAAUUAGCUUAGCAUAGCCUGCGGGUGUUAGCAUAUCACACAACAGUCACGCUGGGCCUGGGCGAGAACAACGCGAACGGAAGAUGAAAGAAAUGUAAAGGCGAGCGAGGCCUCUCUCUCACACGGACGCCCCUGGUCGAGCCAACAGCCUGAAAGAUAAGAUGUAGCUUUUUGUCGCUGGCUAGUGUCGGAAGUGGGAAAAGGUUAGCUUGCUAGCUCGGCCUAGCAAGUGUGCUAAAAAUACAGCAUGACAACCAGCAGCAGGCCGUGUGCCAAAUGAAGGCCAGGGAAAUGUCACGUUGCUUUGGUACUGAGCCUUCUUCCAUGUUUCACAGUGCCAACAUCUGGCAACCUGCUCGUCUGUCUCUAUCGGAGAAGUACACAUUCAGCCAUGGAUGAGGGACUUUGAGACGACCCAAUUAUCAGCCUUGUAGUCCUCAAUUUCACUAGAUAUGGGUCUCUGUUGUUAAUUUCGGUCUUAUCUUUCACAGGAAAAUAGUCAAGCCACAUUUUGAGUUGCUAUUUUACUCACUAACCCGGUAAUGGCUGGUUGAUGUCAACCUUAUUAGGCUUUAAAAGCAACAUGGAUUUGUGAAAAACUAACAAGGAGAUGUAGUCUUCAUCUAACACCCCAACCUUCCAAACACUGCCCCUUUGUUGCAAAAAUGACUUAGUUCUGAGUUUGAUGACCUUUUCAGUUUGUAGUUAGUGGCUUUUUCAGAGUUGUGUUGUUACCUCAGAGGCCGGCAAGCUCUCCGUAGUCUAAAUACACACAUUAAGUAGAGCGAGUGAUCAAACGUAUUCUGCACAAGAGACGUUGUUGCCAUCACAGUCCAACCAUGGGGGAUCCGACCACGCGAAGAAACCAAACAAGAACUCGUCUCCGCGCUCAGCUGCGGAAGAAAAGGGAAUCUUUGGCCGAUCAGUUCGACUUCAAGAUUUAUGUAGCCUUUGUUUUUAAGGAAAAGAAAAAGAAGUCGGCGCUCUUUGAGGUCGCUGAAGUGUUGCCAGUAAUGACCAACAACUACGAGGAGAACAUUCUACGAGGCGUCCGGGAGUCCAACUUCUCCCUAGAGAGUUCCAUAGAGCUCCUGCAGAAAGAUGUGGUGCAACUCCACGCCCCACGAUACCAGUCCAUGCGAAGGGAUGUGAUAGGCUGCACGCAGGAGAUGGACUUCAUCCUUUGGCCGCGCAACGACAUUGAGAAGAUUGUCUGUUUACUCUUCUCUAGAUGGAAGGGAGCUGAUGAUGAACCCUUCAGGCCUGUUCAGGCCAAGUUUGAAUUUCACCAUGGCGACUACGAAAAGCAGUGCUUGCAUGCAAUGGCUCGUAAAGACAAGGCUGGAAUGGUCAUGAACAAUCCCACCCAGUCUGUGUUCCUCUUCAUGGAUCGACACCACCUCCAGACUCCUAAAACCAAGGCCACGGUGUUCAAGUUGUGCAGUCUGUGCCUGUACCUGCCCCAGGACCAGCUUACCUGCUGGGGCGCGGGAGACAUCGAGGAUCACCUUCGACCUUAUAUGCCUGACUAAGGCUUCCCAUGUGGGGGCCUGGGGGAUACGCCCUUAGCCACCCCCUCCCUCACUUUUUCCCUCCCUCCUGCCUUCAGAAGCACUCUUCCUCACCUGUGUAAAGAUUGAACUCGUGCUUGGAUCUUUUAAUUUUGGUUACCCUCCUUCAUUCUCCCCACCUUGUUGUUCCUUCUCCUCUGCAAUGUUUGGAUUGACCCCUCCACCCCUUUUUGUUCAGUUUGAGCCCUCCCUUCAUCCCGCUUCAACAUCCAUUCAUUAUUUUCUGUGAACCUGCACGAACAUUGAUUUGGAGUGGUUCUUCUCAGCAGCAGGCAUCAUUGUCCAUGGCAGGAACUCUUUAUGUUGCAUCCAAACAGGAAUCACACAAUGGUGGACGUGUUCUUUAUCCUUGUUUUAAGGGAAGAGUGUGGAAGUUUUCUUUUUGUUUGUCAGUUGCGCAGACUAAUGGGGGUGGGCUAUUACCGGAACAACUUUGCACAAUUUUUGACCAAGGAAGGCGUUGAAGCAGCCAUGAACAAUAUUCUGCCACAUCAUAGCGUAGUUACUGCUUCUUUAGUUCUCUGCUGGAUGCAAAACAUUAAUCGCUGAAGCUACUGAUGUUUGAUUCUUUUUAGAGAUGGUGGUAAAAGUCAAUCACUUCUACUUACUAAUAAAAUGUACUUAACAUUCACAUUGAUUUCACUGAUAAUUUGAUCAAAUUGGGGAUUGCUUGUCAAAGACUAUAAAAUAGUGCAUUUUUUUCUUGUUCACUCAAGUGUCCAGUUGAAGGUUUGAAGCAAAUAACUUGUUUUUCUGUUCUGAUCAAUACUGCUGAGCAUAUACAAAUACAGUGCAAAAUUUGAACUCAA